AUAACGUUCAUUUGAUACUCAAAAUAAUGAAAGACCCAUCCAUUGUAUCUAUGUUCAAACUUUUAUAAAAUAACAUCAAAAUAAACUAUAUUAAAUUACAUAAUCAUAAUUAAUGAUCCGUAAGUGAUUAGCUUAUCCGUAAGUGAUUGGCUUAAUUGUUUCUAUUUUGCUCUUUUCGACACGAGAAAACUAGCUAGCUAGCUAGUUUUAACAGUGAUGAAAAUAUUAAAAUACAAUUACGUGGUAUUGCGUGAGGACUCAGAGUCCCUGACAAACAUUGAUCGGCUGCCCUAAAACCAAGCACCUCUCUCUCUCUCUCUCUCUCUCUCUCUCUUUGGUUGAAAGAGAGAAAGAUCAGAUCAGAACAAUUGUUAGAUCAAAAUUAUAAGUUGAAGCAAAUUGGGAACAGACCUAAAGAAAGACAGUGUGGCGUAUCCAAGGAGAGUUGAUUCUUUUUUUUUUUUCUCUCUCCAAAACCCUAUUUAAAUACAAGGCUUUUGCAACUCCUUCUCCCAUGCGAAAUGUCUCCUCUCCACUAGCUUUCAGCCUUCCCUCGGGUUGAGUUUGAGUCUAUUUCUUCUUCGCUCUCUUGUUUCUUCAAAGUUCAAAGCAUACCACUAUAUCUCUUCCUCCACAACUUGUCUCCCUCACCACCACUCGUUUGUGUUCCUCAGCUCAUCUUUUUUUAAGUUGUUUUAUAUACAUACUAAUAUCUCUUACUUUGCAUUUGCACCCUAGCUAACAAAUUAAGUAGCUUUUCUUCUUCUUCUUCUUCUUCUUCAAUUCCUAGCUAUAAUAUAUAUCCUAAUUAAGAAGAUGUCGAGCAGAAGGUCAAGAUCAUCAAGGCAAUCAGGAGGUUCAAGAAUAACUGAUGAUCAGAUCAAUGAUCUUGUCGCCAAAUUGCAGCAACUUCUCCCUGAGAUUCGUAACAGGCACUCUGAUAAGGUUUCAGCUGCCAAAGUGUUACAAGAGACUUGCAACUACAUUAGAAGUUUGCACAGAGAGGUUGAUGAUCUUAGUGAGAGGCUAUCAGAGCUACUAGCAACAACUGACAAUGCCCAAGCUGCCAUAAUCCGUAGUUUGCUUAUGCAAUAG